AUGCGCGGAACCAGCAAGGACCUGCACACCAAAGGUGUCGGCAGCGUGAACCAGCUCGGAGGGAUGUUCCUCAACGGAAGACCUCUCCCUGAGUCCAAGAGACGGGACAUGAUCCAGCUGGCCUCGGAGGGAGUCCGUCCGAGUCACAUCUCCAGGAUUCUGCGGGUGUCCAACGGGUGUGUCAGUAAGAUCCUGGGCCGCUACCGGAGUACGGGACUUGUGGAGCCAAAAACUAUUGGAGGGAGCCGGCCCCGACUUCUCACCCCCGGGGUCAUCUCCACCAUCAUCCAGUGCAAAAGAGAACACCCAACUAUAUUUGCGUGGGAAAUACGCCAACGUCUUGCACUGGCACGGAUACGCAAAGUCCCCAGCGUUUCAUCCAUAAAUCGGAUUUUGAGAAAAAUCCACUUGGAUCAUGGGCCGCUGUGCAUGGAGAUGAACUCCCAUGCGAGGAAUGAGAGACGUGAGUCUGACAACAAUAAAUUCAUUUGAUCACCUUCUCUGAAAUAAACACAUCAUCUAUCACGUCUGUUUGGCCUCACAGAUUCAUAUUCUCUGGAACAAGAAACGCUGCCGGAUGAGCAGAAAUCUAAAGGUGCUCAUCAAAGAAACCGCACCGCCUUCACCCCUGAGCAGAGGAGGGUCCUGGAGCAAGAAUUCUUACAAAGCAAGUACGCUGAUCUGUACACAAGAGAGAAACUGUCUGCUAAAACUAAACUCCCUGAAGACACCAUCAAGGUCUGGUUUUCAAACAGGAGGGCUAAAUGGAGGAGAGAAACCAAGCAGACGAGCAGCGCACACAUUCCCCAUCACCUGAGUGACAUGUUGCCACACACCCUGGACAAGUUCCCACAGGAUGUCCACAGAGACUCCUUCCUGUUUCCACCGGUUUACCGUCACCCAAACAUGAGGACGGCCCUCCCUUUAACAUCUGAGCCCACCAGAGCCCACUGCUUGGAGCCUCAGCUGUGGGCCCAGCAGAGAACGCCAUUCAUUUGGAACCCGUUUCAAACGAACGAGAAGUUUCUGUCCACUCAGGAUGUGAAUCUGCAACUCUGA